AUGUCCGGAAAAACGGCAUCUCUGGGACAUUCAGAAUUUCGAAGGGACGCCCCCGUAGUUAUGACUGGCUCCAAGGCCAAGGAAUCUGCAUCCAAGUUCCCCAAUAAUGACACAUGCAGCGUCCGCUUUGACCGCCCAGGACUCGAUCGGGGCCCUCUGGGAACGUUCAUGAUGGGCUCGAGGUGUUCGUCAUCGCCGCGGUCCACGACGCCCACGGGGGAAAAGCCAUGUGGGUUCGGGCCAAUGACGGGGUCCGGUACCAGAGCCGGGACCCAGAGCAUGGCAAAAUCCCAAGGAAAACCAGGGCUAAAAGGCGUAAAAAGCAAAGAAACCCGAUUCACAAUCCGCUGGAAAGUGGAUGCGAGCCACAGUGUGCUGCUGUCUCAGCGAAGUCCGCGUGAAGAUGCGCCAAACUUCACGGUGUUCAUUCACCGAGCUCAGCUUGAGCUGCCACUUGCAGGGGACGCUUCACCCCCACAGUCGAGCUGGCAAGCUGGUGUAACACCCCACGACCGGAGCGAAUGA